CCUUUUUCACACACUCCAUCUCUCCAACGCCCAUCACUUCCUAAGUUGUACAGAGUGCCUUAAAAAGUUCAACUUUUAUAAACUAUCAGAAAAAAAAAAAAUUAAAAUCCUUUCAAAUUUCAUCUCUCUUCAUAAAUUUCACAAAAUAAAUUGCGCUGAAAUAUUCAUUCACCAAACCAACCACCGCAAAUCUUCUUUCUUCUCUAGGGUUCCUGACUAUCCGGAAAACCCGAGGAGAGAGAAAGAGAGAAAAACUCAAGAUCAUCUCUAUUAAUGGCGUCUUCUACGAGCUCUGAUUUGAUCCGAUCCAUUGAGUCGGUGCUUGGAGUGUCACUGGAUCCAGCUUCUAGUGGAAUUUUGAUUUUGACGACUUCUAUUGCUGUGAUCGUUGGAUUAUUACUUGUUCUUUGGAGAAGAUCGAGUGAUCAGAGUAAAGAUGCUAGAGUUGUGGUUGCUCCUAAACCUUUAAAGAUUGAACCUGAAGAAGAUGAGCUUGAAAUUGCUGCUGGUAAAACUAAGGUUACCAUCUUUUUUGGUACUCAGACCGGAACCGCUGAGGGUUUUGCUAAGGCUUUAGCAGAAGAGAUAAAGGCGAGGUACGACAAGGCAUUAGUAAAAGUUGUUGACCUGGAUGAUUACGCUGCGGAUGAUGAUCUAUAUGAAGAAAAACUAAAAAAAGAAACUUUAGCAUUCUUCAUGAUUGCCACUUAUGGAGAUGGAGAGCCCACUGAUAAUGCAGCACGUUUUUACAAAUGGUUCACGGAGGGAAAUGAGAGGGAACCUUGGCUUCAACAACUGACAUAUGGUGUUUUUGGCCUUGGUAAUCGUCAAUAUGAGCACUUCAACAAGAUUGGAAAGGUUGUAGAUGAACAGCUCGCUAAACAAGGUGCAAAGCGUCUGGUUCCUGUUGGUCUUGGGGAUGAUGAUCAAUGUAUUGAGGAUGACUUCUCUGCUUGGCGGGAAGCUUUGUGGCCCGAGCUAGACAAAAUACUGAGAGAUGAAGAUGAUAAAAAUACUGUGUCAACACCUUAUACAGCAGCUAUUCUCGAAUACCGUGUUAUCAUUCAUGGAUCUGGUGUCGCAACCUUUGAGAAUCAGUACAACAAUCUGGCUAAUGGAAAUUCUUCAUUUGAUAUUCAUCAUCCGUGCAGAGCUAAUGUGGCGGUGAAAAGGGAGCUUCAUAAAUCGGAGUCUGACCGUUCUUGUAUACACUUGGAGUUUGAUGUAGCAGGCACAGGAAUAACUUAUGAAACUGGAGAUCAUGUUGGAGUCUACGCAGAGAAUUGUGAUGAAACAGUAGAGGAAGCAGGAAAGUUGUUGGGUCAGCCACUAGAUCUUGUUUUCUCGAUUCACGCUGAUGCAGAAGAUGGUACACCUUUGGUUGGUUCGCUGCCACCACCUUUUCCUGGCCCGUGCACAAUUCGCUAUGCUCUGACACGGUAUGCUGAUGUUUUGACCUCUCCAAGAAAGGCUGCACUACUUGCUUUGGCUGCCCAUGCAUCAGAACCUAGUGAGGCAGAGAGAUUGAACUAUUUGGCAUCACCGGAGGGAAAGGAUGAGUAUUCUGCUUGGGUUGUUGCUAGCCAAAGGAGUCUUAUAGAGGUCAUGUCUGAGUUUCCAUCUGCCAAGCCUCCGCUUGGCGUUUUUUUUGCAUCAGUGGCCCCUCGGUUACAACCACGUUACUAUUCUAUCUCAUCUUCACCUAGACUGUAUCCAAACCGAGUUCAUGUAACAUGCGCCUUAGUUUACGGUCCUACUCCUACUGGUAGAAUCCACAAAGGGGUCUGUUCAACAUGGAUGAAGAAUGCAGUAACUUCUGAGGAAAGCCAGAAUUGCAGCUGGGCACCAAUCUUUAUCAGAGCAUCUAAUUUCAAGCUGCCGGCUGACCCCACAGUUCCAGUAAUAAUGGUGGGACCUGGAACUGGUUUAGCUCCUUUCCGGGGAUUUUUACAGGAAAGGCUUGCGCUGAAACAGGAAGGCACCCAACUUGGUUCUGCUAUACUCUUCUUUGGAUGUAGAAAUCGUAGAAUGGAUUUCAUCUAUGAGGAAGAAUUGCAGAAGUUUGUUCAAGAAGAAGCCCUUUCAGAGCUGAUUGUUGCAUUCUCAAGGGAGGGGUCUCAAAAAGAGUAUGUUCAGCAUAAGAUGAUGGACAAGGCCUCAUACUUUUGGAGUCUGAUUUCUUCUGGUGGUUACUUGUACGUCUGUGGUGAUGCCAAGGGCAUGGCUCGAGACGUUCAUCGAACUUUGCACAAUAUUGUUCAGGAGCAGGAGAAGGUGGACUCCUCUGAAGCAGAAUCGAUUGUGAAGGAGCUGCAAAAGGAUGGAAGAUAUCUUCGGGAUGUGUGGUGAGCUGUUACCAUGAGCUGCAUUGUUUCUCAUGCGAGCAAUAAUUAAAAAGCUCUACCUAAUUGGUUCAUCCUUGAUCUUGAACUUCAAACUAAUAGAGAUAAUAGCGGAUGGUGGUAAGUUAUUUCUUUCACCAUUGUACUGCAUCUAUUGUCGCCCUUUUGGGCCGACUUAGAGGCAGAGGUCAGACCAUUGUCUUGAAUCUUUAUACAUUUAUUGCUUCUACAAUCUAGAGCAGUGAGCAGUUGCAAAAGUUGUCGAUUAUACCUUGAUAAAACCAUAUAGCCUGUAGGUAAUAGGGAUAUGCUUCAUUGAUAUGAAUAGUAUUUGUUCCAUGUAAAAUGAAUAAUCCUUAUAAUUUUGUGUUUUUGUAACAA